GAACACUGGGGCUGCAAGAAAGGGUCUGACCUGAUGCCCCCUCAUGUUUUUCAGAUACGCUCACAUGUGCAUUUUAGAGACCUCUGCCAGCGCACUGAAGCCAAUGAAUGCUGCCCAAGCUGGUCCCUGGGGAACUACAUUGCUGUCCUGUACAACAGGUCUUCGUGUCUGGAGAUAACCCAAGGAGACAUCUCCCACACCCUGGCCCUGCUCCGUGCCUGUGCUCCAGACUACCACCGAGGUGUCCUCACUCCAUCCUGCAUAGGCCCCGAGGCUGUCAGACAGAAACACUCGCAGUGUGCCCAAGUCCCAGAAAAAUGCACCCGCUUCAACGCCAUCUACCAGCUGCUUCACUUCUUGGUCGACAGGGACUUUCUCAGUCCCCAGACGAUGGAGUACCAAGUGCCCUCUCUCAAAUACAGCCUGCUUUUCCUGCCUACAAGGAAAGGUGCAUCUAUGAUGGGGAUCUACUUAGACAACCUUGAAACCUGGGAUCUGUUUGAUAACUACACAUCUAUCACUGGAAUGGACUUGGGCCUUAAACAGAAGCUAUUCCACCACUACCUUUUACUGGAUACUAAGUAUCCAGUCCUGGCAAUAUUAGCUAUUUUUCUAAGCAUUUCUUUUUAUUUACGUUCACUGUUUAUUACCUUGAUGGUCCUGCUUGCUGUUGUCAGCUCUUUGAUGAUCUCCUACUUCUUGUACAAGGUGGCCUUCAGAUUCACCUAUUUCCCUUUUGUCAACUUGACAGCAGUCAUUGUUCUCAGCAGCAUUUGUGCCAACCACACUUUCGUCUUCUUCGACCUGUGGAACCUCAGCAAGAGCCAGAACCCUUCUGCCGGGCUUGCUCAGUGGGUGAGUCAAACCAUGCACCAUUUUGCCUAUCUCAUGCUGGCCUCGUGCUUCACGACUGGUGCUGCCUUCUACGCCAGCUACAUCAGCAACAUCACAGCCAUCCGCUGCUUCGCUGUCUACAUGGGCACCUCAGUGCUGGUGAACCUGGUUUUCAUGAUGACCUGGCUGCCCUCUUCGGCCGUGCUGUACGAGCGCUACAUCGCAACGACCUGCAUUUACAAGCCAGAAGCCUACUGGAACAACAGCAACCACAAGAGAGUCGCUCUCUCCGUUCAUUACGUCCUCCGGGCUCUCCAGAACACACUGUCUGAAACCUCCAAGCUGCUCUUUGAAAAGCUUCUGCCUUGUGGAGUCAUCAAGUUUCGGUACAUCUGGAUAUGCUGGUUUGCUGCCCUAGCCAUAGGAGGUGCCUACAUUUCCUGUUCCAACCCCAAACUCAAACUCCCAACUCUGGAGACAUCAUCGGUCCAAGUGUUCAGGCUGAGCCACCCCUUUGAGAGGUACGAUUCCGAGUACUGCCAUCAGUUCAUGUUUGAGAGGCUGGAGCGUGGAGAAGGCCAGCGCAUGCCUGUCAUCAUAGUCUGGGGCAUUCUGCCCGUGGAUAAUGGGGACCAUUUCAAUCCAAAAAGCAACGGCACCCUAGUGACAGACACCACCUUCACCAUCCAAAACCCUGAUGCCCAGAAGUGGCUUCUUGAAUUCUGCCAAAAAGUGAAGAACAAAACUUUUUAUUAUCCUGAUUCAGAACAGAAAUCUACUGUGUGCUUCAUGGAGGAGUUCCUCAGGUGGAUGGACAGUCGCCAGUGCUCCCAGCGAGACCACAGCUUCAACCUUUGCUGUAACCAGUUCUCCUUCCCUUACAGAAGUGAAGUCUUCCUGCACUGCAUCAAAAUGAUGCUCCUGGAAGAGGGCAGGGAAGGGGCAGAAAUGUACGAUCUGGGCCUCAGGUUUGAUGGGGAGGGAAAUGUCGCUGCCUUAGUGCUGCAGUUUCAAACUAUUUAUCACUAUACCUUCAACUACAGCAGAGCCAAACAAUUCUAUGAGGAAAUCAGCCUCUGGAUAACAGAGGAAAUGAAAACUGCCCCCAUGGGGCUUCAGAACGGAUGGUUUACCAGUAAACUAGAGCUGUACAACCUCCAGCACAGUCUCAGCACAGAAACCAUGGUGGUCAUGGGGCUCUCCAUAGCCAUUUCCUUCGUGGUGCUGCUGCUCACGACCUGGAAUGUUCUCCUUAGUGUUUUCUCAGUUACUGCCAUUGCAGGCACCGUCCUGGUAACCGUUGGCCUUUUGGUCCUCUUGGAGUGGCAGCUCAAUGCAGUGGAGUCUCUCUUCAUUUCAGCUGCAGUAGGUCUCUCUGUUGACUUCACUGUCAACUACUGCAUCUCCUAUCACCUGUGUCCCCAUUCUGACCGCCUGAGCCGAGUGGCCUUUUCCCUGAAGCAGAUGAGCUGUGCCACAGCCAUGGCAGCUUCUGCUCUCUUCUCUGCAGGGGUCAUUAUGUUGCCUGCCACUGUCCUGGCGUACAGGAAGCUGGGGAUAUUCAUCAUGAUGAUCAAUUGUAUCAGCUGUGGGUUUGCCAGCCUCUUCUUCCAGUCGCUCUGCUGUUUCUUUGGCCCAGAGAAGAAUUGUGGGCAGAUCCUUUGGCCUUGUGCCCACACCAUGAAAGACUAUUCUGAUGACUCUGGACCAAAUGGAAACUUUGCCUGUGGGGGCAGCGAGAAGCAAAACCGGUUGCGGAAGGUCCAGGAGUCCAACACUGCAAACGAGCAAUACGAGCUCCAGCCCUUGUCCAGGAAACUCAGCGACAGUUUUGACAACAGCACUUCCACAAGCAAGCUGUCCAACCGGCCCUCUGUGCUCUCUGAAGACAUACAAGUUGAAGACAGCAGAUGCCCUCGCGUGGGAAUGCACCCCUCCCUGGAAAGAGAGAGACAGAGCCUGCAGGAUGCCCUCGGAGACCAGCAGGUCAGCCUGUGCCAGUGUCCCGCCUUGCAAACUUCCUCUCCUUACAAGCACAGCACCUCAGAAACAGAAAUUCACAGGGAGAGACUCUGCCGAGAUUGUCGCUGUCGAAAGUACGGUCUGAAAGCAUGGGAUGGGUCUGGGCUGGACCACAUCCAGCCGGCUGGCGUGAAAGAAGAAGGGCAGCUCAAUAAAUCCCAGUGCUCCAGUGACACUGCCCAGCAGCAGUCAGAUUAUACCUCAGACCACAGCCCUCUCCCUGCUGCUGACAUCUACAAAAUUCACAGAUGCCUUUGUUCUCUUGGCAGCUCUUUCGAUAUGCUCAACAUCUCCAGCGAGACAUCAAUCAGUGAUUUUGAGCAAGGCCUGAAGCUUGCUGAAUCAGCCAGUUCCUGUCCCGAUGCCUUAGAGCUGUCUGACUCCUACGGUAACGUGGAGCGAGGUUACCUGAACGGGAAGAGAGAUACCCUGCGGCUGGACCUGAGGGAGACUGUCUUUGAUGUCUCUCCAGCUGCAUCACAGCAGAACAGCUCUUCAUGGAAAAAUCGGUUUGGAUUGGGGAACGAAGGGCCGGUCGUGCUGCCCAACAGCCAGCCAGACAUGCCUGAUGUUUGGAUCAAACGAUCCAGUGCACAAAGUUCCGGUUACAACAGCUGAGACCUUGCGGAAAGCAAAGCUGCUGCUAGGGAAAAGGGAAGUCUGAAUGUCCUUAGAGCUGAAUCAGCAGAUCUGAUGCCAGUGAGAGGACGUGGGAGCCAUCGUGAUGGACUACAAGCCCCUUGACUUCCAGUAUCUGGUGCCAUGUUCACAGCUGUUCACAGGACUUACUGAGUAAACCUGGUUUGUCAUUUCCUACAAGGUGAUUAGGUUUUGUUUGCUGGAAAGAAAUAAUGAGGUGAAGCUCCCCAGGUAUUUAAUGACAGAGUGCUAAUGUAAAAAAAAAAAAAAAAAAAAAAAAUUAAAAAAAAUCCAAAACUGAGCUACUGAAAAUCUAGGUAUCAAGUGAAGUGUAUUGUGAAUAAUAAAAAUUAAAGUAUUUAAUUUUCUACUUUAUGCAAAGCCCAGAUACACAGACCCCACCAAAAUAGCUCAGAUAUUAUAAAAAGUCCCGUCAAGACUUCUGAGUUGACACAGCCUCUUCCUGACCAUGGAAGAGUCUGCAGAAUCCAGCCCAAAUCUAUUUCCAGUAACAAUUUCAGUUUGUUUUAUCUGAAGGAAUUCUAAUACUGCCAAAGAUUUUCAGUGUGAAUCUCCCCCUUGAGAAAAGAGUCCUCGUCCCCCCUGGACUCAGGUGCCUUGUUGUGUCCUCUUUACAGUGUGUUUCCACUCAAGGCAUCCCCCUCAAAUAUGUCACUUUUUAAAAUUCACAUAUCUGUUGAAUGUUGAAUUUUAGGGUUUUUCCCCCUCUGCCAGAAACAAACAGGAAAACAAACAUUUAUUUGCCCUGAUUUGUUGAAAAAAUAAAACACUCUAGUUACAAGUUGAUGUACAAUAAAUGCUUGUUAACAACC